AUGUCCCUUGCUCCGAAGUUAGAACUACCCGACAGGAGCACGUUCCUCCAGUCUGGCGACUUCAUCGUGCCGGCCACGAGUGCCCAGAUCAACGUGGCAGACAACAUCUGUAAUCACUGCUGGGAACCCAUAGACUUUUUGGAGAACGAAACCUUCAAGGGUACCAUUGUCGCGCUGAGGUGCUGUAACAACAAGUACCUCUACAAGGUCUAUCAUCGGCAGUGUCUCCAAGACUACUUCAACCAAUCGGUGCAGGGAAUCUACCAGAACCGCUGCCCGAAUGAGGACUGCCAUGAUCACUUGUACAAGGCAACCAAGGCCCCGAAGGCUCGUAGGACUAGCUCCUUCAGGGGAAUGAUUAGGAGCUUCAGCAGCAGCUUCGGAUCAUCGAAGUCCCGUGACAUCAACCCCUCCUCGGUCUCUUCCGUUAGCCGUGUGCCUGCAGCGGGCGCCCCUUCAUCUAUGAAGAGCUCGAGCCGUAUAGCUUCAGCUGGUCCACCUCCGUCCAUGAAGAACAAGAAGCGGGUGGACUCUGCCCGGCCGUCUUCCGAGCGGACCCCCGUGCUGAUCUGCAUCAUCAGGACGGACGACAUUGCAUCGGUGCUGGAGCUUGCGAAGAGGAAGGGACUCGUGCCCGAUUUCGUCGGCAAUCGCCUCCUGAGGGAAUGGGAGAAUAGCCUCAAGGACUCCCUGGGGCCAUUAAAGGGCAAGAGCAAGCUUGUCCAGGACCUCAAGCACGAUGUCUACAAGACGCUCGACCAUAUCUUGAUGAGGGAGAUUCACGAGUUUCCGAAUGCCUGGCUUGGAAAGGGCGACGACCACAAGGGAUGGGUUGGGCCACUGGCCCAGUUCAUUGGCAUCUCCAUCAGUGUCACCAUGACCGAGCGUGGGCCGCUUGAGAUGCCUUUCAGGUACUGGGACACCAUCCCUUUCACCGCCUAA